AGAGAGGGGAUUUUCUGGGACUAGAGUUGACCACGAAUCAGGUGAAAGUCUUGCUGUUACAACUGACAGAUAAUGUUGAUGAACCAAUGGUGGUAAAAAAAAAGGAUUUCUCAAUUCCGGAGAAGAUUAUGAAUGGCAGUGGAGAGCAGAUUAAUACCCUCCUGAUGAAACUGGUGAGGUACCCACCAAACAUGCCCUCCUUGGUCUUUUGUAAACUGAUCAAAUGGACAAAGGACUUCCGAUGGCCAGGGGUGGAGGGGAAAAAUGUGACCCAAUUGCUCCAAACGACUAUCAACGAGGUUUGCAAGAAUUACCAAAUAGAGGUCCUUGCUGUUGUGAAUGACACUGUGGGAGCUUUGAUGCGCCAUACUUCUGUUGUCAGGCCAUGUAAAGUAGCGGUAAUAAUAGGUAAGCAGAAGCUGGGCACAGAUGCUGGCACUAACUGUUGCUAUAUGGAGGAUACACAGUGCAUAGCAGGCUUGCAGGAAACUAAGGGACACAUGUGCAUAAACACAGAAUGGGGCUUUUUUGGGAAUAAUGGAGAAUUGAAUGAGGAACUAACAGAGUUUGACUUGUUGGUAGAUAAAGAGACCAUGGAUCAAGGCAAAUGCAGGUUUGAGAAGAUGACCGGUUCCAAUUAUGUGUGUGAGGCUGUCCGUAUUAUUUUGGCUAAUCUGGCUGAGAAAGGUGAAUUGUUCAAUGGGAUUCUGACUCCCUCACUAUUAACCAAGGGGAAGCUGGCAUUCCAAGACAUUGUGGAGAUCAUAGAUGAAAAAAUGGGCCUAGCCAAAACCAAGAAUUUCCUUUGUCGUCUUGGACUAGUGGCAAGCAAUCAAGAUUGUUUCCAUGUGCAAGCAGUAUGCCAAGCUGUAUUCACCCGUUCUGCCAGACUCUGUGCUGCUGGAUUGGCUGGCGUUCUUACAUGUAUUCAUGAACAUCAGCAGCUUACCUUAGGGGCUGCCAUAGUGACAGCUAUAGAAGUGAGGCUUAGAAACCAUCGAGAGGGACUGACCCAAGUUCUGGCUCCUUUAAAGCUUUCAGUUGUAGAUCUUGAAAGACUACGGAACGCAAUCAGACAAGAGAUGGAGAACGGCCUGUCAAAGGCAGCUAAUAGCUGUCUACGCAUGUUGCCCACUUUCGUCUGCCAUUUGCCUGAUGGCUCUGAGCGAGGGGAUUUCCUGGCACUGGAUUUAGGUGGAACCAAUUUCCGAGUAUUGAUGGUACAGGUGAAAAGCCAAGAGGAGGGUGGUGUGCACAUUUCCAGUGAGACUUAUACCAUUCCACCAGAAAUUACCCAGAGUACUGGGAAUCAGCUCUUUGACCACAUUGUGAACUGUAUUGUGGAUUUUCAUACUAAGCAUGGGAUGUUGGGACAUGUCCUACCAAUGGGUUUCACUUUUUCCUUUCCCUGCAAUCAAAUAAACCUGGAUAAGGGCAUCUUGCUGAGAUGGACCAAGGGCUUCAGUGCCACUGACUGUGUAGGAGAAGAUGUUGUGAAUUUGUUGCGGGAUGCAGUACAGCGUCAAAAGAAUAUUGAUGUAGAUGUAGUUGCUCUAGUGAAUGACACAGUGGGAACCAUGAUGUCAUGUGCCUAUACAGACCCUAAAUGUGAGGUUGGUCUUAUUGUUGGAACUGGAUGCAAUGCUUGCUACAUGGAAGAACUGAGGAACGUGAGCAUUAUAGAGGGUAAUGAGGGCAGAAUGUGCAUCAAUAUGGAAUGGGGGGCAUUUGGAGAUGACGGUUGUCUUGACCACUACAUAACACCUUAUGAUGACAAAGUGGAUAAAGAAUCCCUCAAUCCUAGCCAACAAAGAUAUGAGAAGCUCAUUAGUGGCAUGUAUUUGGGUGAGAUAGUGCGCUAUGUUCUGUUGGAUUUAGCAUAUCGCAAGAUUCUCUUCAAGGGUGAUAAGUUACAAGUACUUCAGAACAAAGGCAUCUUUCCCACUAAAUUGUUAUCAGACAUUGAGAAUAACAGCCAAGGCCGCGAACAUGUUUAUAACAUCCUGGAAGAGUUGGGGUUGACUGUUUCUCCUGAGGACGCCAUGGUGGUGAAGGAAGUGUGUCAUACCGUGACUUCACGAGCUGCUAUGGUGUGUGCAGCUGGACUGGCAGCUGUUGUAGAAAAGAUUCGAGAAAAUAAGCGCAUGACAAAGCUGGAGGUGACAAUUGGCGUGGACGGGACAGUGUAUAAGAUGAACCCUUAG